GUUUGUUUGUCUUUGUCAUGGCUCUAAAAUUGGUUAAAUGGAGUUUCUUGUUUUUGGUCUUAAACCAUAAUUUUCAAAACAUUGAGGGGUGUUUCGACUCCAUUAUUAGUUUCGGCGAUUCGCUUGCUGACACUGGAAAUAAACUUCAUAUCACUCUAAACAAAAUCCCUCCUUCCCAUUUCUCCUUGCCACCUUAUGGUGAAACCUUCUUUCAUCAUCCUACCGGUCGCUUUUCUGAUGGACGUCUUGUUAUAGAUUUUAUUGCUGAGAGUUUUGGGCUCCCAUUAGUGCCACCAUAUUUGGAAGGAGAAGAUGAAAGGAAUAAUGUAAAAUUCAGGCAAGGUGUGAAUUUUGCAGUGGGAGGGGCAACAGCACUUGAUUCUGCCUACUUGUUGGACAAGGGAGUAACGUCCAGUAACAAUGUGUCUUUGGGGACUCAACUGGAUUGGUUCAAAGAUAUGAUGUCUUCAUUUUGCAAAUUUCCUUCAGAAUGCAAGGAAUUUCUUCAAAACUCAUUGAUACUUAUGGGAGAAAUUGGAGGCAAUGAUUUCAACUAUGGUUUUCUUGGAAAUAGCACCAAGGAAGAGGUUGAAUCAUAUGUUCCAGCAGUCAUCAAGACUAUUAGUUCAGCUAUACAGGAAUUAAUCGAGUUAGGCGCAAGCACACUGUUAGUUCCAGGGGAUUUGCCGAUUGGAUGUUCAACAGCUUAUCUCACAAAAUUUAUGCACUCAGAUAAGGGACAGUAUGAUCCCAAAACUGGUUGUUUAAAUUGGCUUAACAAAUUCUCACAGCAAUACAAUGAGCUUCUUCAGAAGGAACUUCAUCUUCUAAGAGACCUUUAUCCUACUGCUACAAUAAUCUAUGCUGACUACUACAAUGCAGCCAUGCAAUUUUAUGCCUCUCCAAAGAGCCAUGGUUUUAGAAAAGGAGCUUUAGUUGCAUGUUGUGGGGCGGGAGGGCCAUACAACUUUAUGUUUUCUAUAAUAUGUGGGGAUCCAGCUGCCAGAAAUAUUUGCAGUGACACUUCAGUGUAUGCUAGUUGGGAUGGAAUGCAUUUUACAGAAGUUGCAUAUAAAUGGAUUGCCACUGGACUUUUAAAAGGCACUUUCACUUUUCCUCCCCUCCCUAAAAUAUGCACUGAUCGUUUCAAUCCAAAUGUAAACCAAUUUUAUGAUUCUGACUCGUUUGGUGUGAGAUAUAAAGUAUAAUAAUUU